AUGGCAUCUCCACCGCCGGCCACCGUGAUCCAGAUUCCUAAUUCGCAGACCAACGGCGUGCCAGUGAGAUCACCGACGAUCAUUACAGCCCCGCACAUGCCUAAUAAGGUCGCCGAUGAUGAAUCCACGGCUAUGCCGUCAGCACCCAAUCCCGGGACUGCGACCGACAAGGCGCUGCCUCCAACGUUCACAAACCAUGGGAGUUGCUACCCGGUGAACAGGUGGCUCACCGCAGUACUCGUCGGCGUCCUGGCUGUUCUCUCCCUCUUCUUCUCGUUCACCGACAGCAUCAUCGGCCGUGACCGCAAGCUCUACUAUGGCGUGGCCACGCCCGGCGGCUUCAAUGUGUUCAACUUCUCCAGGGAGGAGGAGGAGCGGGAGUGGGCGCUCGGCGAGCUGCAGCGGCUGCGGCUCCACCCGCUGGACUACGUGCAUGCCUUCUUCACCGCCGUGGUGUUCCUAACCGUUCAGCGACGUUGGGCUCCAGAGGUGCCUCUUCUCCAAAGCUAG